UAAUAUUAUCCAGAAUCAUAAAAUAUUAAUUAUACACCAAAUUUUGGAUACAAGAAAAUGGCAGGCAGACCUGAACUGUAUCAAGAAGUCAAAUUAUAUAGCACUGCAAGGGAACGUGAAUACUUUGAUAAUUUAUCAGAGCUUUAUUCUAUUGUAAAGACCCUACAAGCACUUGAAAAGGCUUAUAUUAAAGACUCAAUCACUGCGAAAGAAUAUACUGGAGCAUGUUCAAGAUUACUGGUACAAUACAAAGCUGCCUUCAAACAAGUUCAAUCGGAGUUUCCUACUUUGGAUGAAUUUGUAAAACAGUACAAGCUAGAGGAUUGUCCCGCAGCUUUGGAAAGAAUCAAAGAGGAUCGACCCAUCACUAUGAAAGAUGAUAAAGGCAACACGAGUAAAUGUAUCGCUGAUAUUGUAUCACUAUUCAUCACGGUUAUGGAUAAACUACGACUUGAAAUAAAAGCGAUGGAUGAAAUACAUCCUGAUUUGAAAGAUCUUGCAGACAGUAUGCAUAGAAUGAGCACGCUACCAUCUAAUUUUGAAGGGAAGGCUAAAGUUGAAAAAUGGUUGACAACAUUCAAUUCUAUGGCGGCAUCUGAUGAAUUAGAAGAGAGCCAAGUCAGACAAAUGGUCUUUGAUAUGGAGUCAGCAUAUAAUGCUUUCAAUAAGUUCCUACAUGAUUCUUGAAAACUCAAAUCAUAUUUCAAAAAUUUUCUGAUAAGCACUUCAAUUUGAUAUUUGUUCAUAACGAUGUUCUCAACUAACAAUAUCUACAAUCUAGUGAAGAAACAUCUAUUACUGUAGGCCUACCACAUUUUUCCCAACCAGAGUCUGCAGAGUAAAAUGUGUCUACUAAAGCACUGAUUGAUUACCUAUUUGUAACAACCUAAUUUUAACGCAUUUAAUCAAUGUUCUGUUUAUUUUUAAUAAUCCUACCCAUAGUGGUUCUAGUGUAGUUUAGUAACACACAUAUUUCUCGCGGGCUUGACAUAAUCAUUUUUGCAUAUGUUAUUCCAAACCCCCACAUGACUACGCCUUCCAAAAAUCAUGUCACCACGACAUCACAGUCACAUCAUAUAGCUUGCCAAAGCAUAGCUACGAUUACCCGAAACGGCAUCUAUGCAGAAGAUAACGAACUCACUACCGUCAGCGAUCUCUCCCAUAUUGGGAUCGUUGCAACGAGAGAAAGAGCUUGCUCAACUCCGUUUAAGCAGCUGCAUGUUUUGGGAGGACUAUUUGUAUAUUUUGGCGGGCUUUAUUACGUCACUGUGACGUCAUAGUGACACAAUUUUUGGAUGACGUAGUCAAGUGGGGGUUAGGAAUGACGUAUGGAAAAAUUGUUGCGCCACGCCCACUAGAAGUUAUUGUGGUACGAAACUACACCGAACCCCCAUAGUCUGCUCUAAUCUAUAGUUGGAAAGUACCUAUAUGUAUUGGUCACCUACAGAUCAGGUUUAGUGAUUUUGACUGUGAUGGCAUGGAAAUGUCUUUCUCUCCAGAGCAUAAGAUGGUUGGGAAAUACUGCUAUAUUGUUGCAGUAAAACCAAAGUAGCGUUCGUCGCAUUUUCCUUUUCUGUCAUUGUGGACGAGGGACCAUUGUUUGGUUUGGUAUUGCAUUAUGUCUAUUUUGGCGUGUGGUUGUUAGUACCAAACUAUUAGUAAAAUGAAAUGAGAUUUUCUCAAAACCUCAAAAUCUGUUUUUACUGCAACAAUAUGUUCAGUGGAAUCAUGUGGUCUAUAAUAACUUCCUUCAUACUGUUGUUAUGGAGAAAUAUGAAAUUUUUUAAGGCUUAAUAAUCAUUGUAAGUUCACUCACUGGUAGUUGAUAAUAAAGAUUGUUUUGCACCUUAUUUCAAUCAGUUUUAUUUACGCAUAUCGCUAUGAUAACAAUUCACUCCCAUUUAUGUGCUGAUGGUUUUGCAGUAGUAUAUUUUUCUCUCACUUUAUUUUGUCUGUGUAAUAAUUUGUUUUAUUGUUUAACUAUGUGUGUUCACUCUUUAUUCAAUAGUAAUCUAGUUUUCCUGCUUGCAAUGUAUUAUUUUUUAUUCUUAG